UUUUAUUAAUCAAAUGUUUGCAUUUAAAGCGUCAAGCUGCAAAUUCAGGAGGUAGCGGAUAUAAUGCGGAAUAAUGUACAGAAAGUGAUGGACCGUGGUGAAAGACUAGAGGAUUUGCAAGAGGCAAGCGAUCGUCUGAAUAUGGCUGGAAUUGAGUUUAGAGAAGCUGCGAAAAGAGCACAACGAAGAGCAUGGUUACAGAACGUAAAAUCGAGGAUUAUUAUUAUCAGCAUUACUGUUACGAUUGUGCUUUUUAUUGUUGUUCUGGACAUCAUGGUUCUUUACUUGGUUCUUAGAUAGCGAUGUUUUACACCUCGAUUAUUCAAAUUAAGUAUCCAUCGUCGUGAAGUACGCGUGAGUAUCACAUUUGACUGAAGAACCAUCAAUUUAUCUACAUGUUGUACAUUAAAAUCUUCCCGCGAACCAAUUAUAAGUAUUGUAGUUAUAUAAGUUUUUCUGUAUAUAUAUAUAUAUAUAUAUAUA